GCGAGUAGAGAGAGAGAGAGAGAGGCAGAUACGGAGGUCCACAGACAGACAGCAGCAGCUUGCAGAGUGCAGCAUGCAGACUGGCCACUGACACUGCCGUGGGAUUGAACACACACACACACACACACACCCCUGAGGAGUGUACGAGACAUGCCCAGGCUGCUGUCCAUGGACACACACACACUGGCAGGGCACCAGAGAGGAAAUACAGCAGACCCCCGAGCCUGAGGAGCGAUGGAGAGCAGCAUGUUCUUUGGUAACACGUGUCAGAAUGGCCUCUUGCCCGCUCUGAUGCGUCCCACCCUGCCCGCCGUCCAGACCUCACUGGGCAUGAAGCAGUUUCUCCCGUUUCCGUUGGACGCAGCUUCGGCCGUCCGCCUCUUCCCAGGAUUCAGCGCGAUGGACCCGGUGCAGAAAGCCGUCCUCCAUCAUACCCUCGGCCUCCCGCCUACAGCGAAGAGGAAGCACGUCUCCUGCAGCGUCUGCCAGCUGAGGUUCAACUCACAGAGCCAGGCCUUGGCCCACUACAAGGGGACCAAACAUGCCAAGAAGCUAAAAGCCCUGGACGCUCCGAAGAGUAAGCUCAAAGGCUCAGCGGUCACCAAGGACACCGCCAACCAGGAGAUCGCCAAGGGCAUCAACACCUCGCAGAUCCCCAACGGCACGGACAGGAAAGAUGGACUUUCUGGAGCAACACCCCUCCCGCUCUCUCCUGUGCUCAGACUGGCACCACCCCUGGCCCCCCUGGCCUCCCUGGCCCCCCUGGCACCCCUGGCUCCAUUGACCACCAUCACUACGCCAACGCCGACACCGACACCUGCCGCCCCAUCACCUGCAGUCCUGAGCACCCCAGCGGCGUCGGCCCCAGAGACUACCUCAGCCGCUGGAGGGGACGAGGGGCCGGAUACAACUAACUCCUCCUCAGAAGGAGACCCGGAACCUGAGGCCGAACCCGAGGCCGAGAUGGACGGGGAAACGGAGGAGGAGAAAGCUCGACGUCUCCUGUACUGCUCGCUGUGCAAAGUGGCCGUCAACUCUGCGUCUCAGCUGGAGGCUCACAACAGCGGAACGAAGCACAAGACGAUGCUGGAGGCCAGGACGGGCGUGGGCUCCAUCAAGUCUUUCCCCCGGCCCGGAGUCAAGAGCAAACUGGUGACACCCACCAAGUCAGCGACGGGCCUGCAGAACAAAACGUUUUACUGUGAGACGUGUGACGUGCAUGUCAACUCGGAGACGCAGCUAAAACAGCACAUCAGCAGCCGGCGUCAUAAAGACCGAGCAGCAGGUAAACCAGCCAAACCCAAAUACAGCCCCUACAGCAAACCACAGAAAGGCCAGAGCAAGCAGCCGAUAAAGUUAACCCUGGGAAAGGAUCGUCAGGUUCAGCCUCUGACUCCUCAGAUCAUCCCCGCUCACCUGGCAGCGGUUGCAGCCGCCGCCGCAGCAGCCAUUGGCAACUCAUUCUCCCUCCGCACGAACCAUGCCACUAACCACGUCCCCAGCACCGCCCUCUUCCAGACUCAGACCCUCUCUGCUGCUUUGCUCCGCCCUGCCCCCGGGCCUGUCAGGACCUCUCACCCACAGGUCCUCUUUGCCCCUUAUUGACCCGAGGGACCGCCUCCUGUCCAGGAUCAGAAACCCAGAAACUUAACCCCGACCAGGACAAGGAGUCAUGUCAGCGUGUGUGCUCCUUAAUGUUAGAACUGUUCCAAUACCGAUACCAAUCUUCUGAUGUCAACUUAGAUGCUCUAUAGGGUAUCUGUGGAUGCAACAACUCACCAAUCCAAUCAUAUGAUUUACAAUCCCUUCAAAAAAUUAAAAUCAUUUCACACAAAAUAGCAAUCCAAAUUUUUAUAGUGUAACCCAUGUCCCAUCUGUUAACAUGGAGGAGGAAAAUUCAUGAUCCGUACUGCAGCCAGUCAGCCAGCAGGGGGAGCUCUAAAUAUAUUGGCUUCACUUCCAGGUGGCUUUUGCGCCGCCCAUACAGAGAGGAAACAAAAUGACAUGUUUUUUUAGGCCAACCCCAGAAGUUAGCAUUGCCAUGAGGUCUACGGGAGUUUAGCAUCAGAUUUUUGGAUCACUGCAGAAAAUAAGAUCCGUGGCAAACAAAUGUUUAUUCUGCUUUUGCGUUUGGUUCCGACAGAUAAUCUUAUAGCGUCACCACAACUAUGCCUCAGGAUGUCUCCCACAAGCUAACUAGCUAGCGAAACCGUAGGCUGAUUCAUUUAUAUUUAUUGAUUUAAAAUUUAAAGAGGACGGUGAAACACGACUAGAGACUGUAAGGCGGACAAGUGAGAGAUGUGUCCGGGGUGAUGACGUUAAAUGUCCCAGACAACCGCACUGUCGUUUUAUUUAGCCACUUGUUAGCAACCGCAUUUUAAAGGACACAUAAAACCUUUCAAAUUCACAAGUAGGGGUAUUCACUAAUGUGUUUAAUGUCAUCCAUCAAAACGCCAACAUCUCUUGUGCUUGUGUUAACCACAGACUUUAUUUCAGGAAUCUACCCACCAACCCAUUAAAAAAAACAAAACAUUGAAUUUCAGGCAAACGACCCCAUGGCGCUAAAAUGCUAACUUACUUCCUGGUUUUAGAACUUGUUCCUGUGGCGCAGUAUUGGUACACAGACUGGUCAAAGCUAGCAAAGGUUUUUCCACCAAUAAAAGUACAGGUAUCAGACGGGUACCGACGGGCUUACACUAAAGUCUGGGUACCUGGAUUGGUAUCGGUACAACUCUAUUUUAUGCAUCCACCCGGGAUCCUGAACAUACUGUGAUCAUCUCUCACUCCUCUGUACGGAUUAUCCUUCAUUCAAAAGCUAUAAACUCUGGAUUUAUUUCUCUUCUUCCACUGAAAACUUUGGGCUAACGUCUCCAUUCUGCAGCUCAUACCUGGACCCUGAACCUGGACCUUGAACCUGGACCUGGACCUACAUUGUACCGCAAUAAUAUAAAAGACUAACCCCGUGAACUAUGCAGUGUCAUAACGUCAUGAUGCAAGGCACAGUUUGAGCAAAAGAGCAGUACGGAUAUGCUUUUCAGCGCGGCGAUAACAUCAUUGCUUUAGUGGAGGAUUACUGUAGCUCCGGAUUCAAAGGCUGUUACUGAUCGUACGAGCGAGAGAGAAAAGGCCCUCCUCUGUUUCCUGUUUGCACUUUAAGCCCCGCCUCUGUUGAUGUCUACAUUAGAUGGCUAGACUGUGUUAGAUUGUUAGCGUACGUGUCGUAAUGUGUGUUUUUUGUAUUUGUCCUUGCAUAUCUAUGUGUGCAGGUGUGUUCUUCUGCAUGUGUGCGUGUGUGUGUGUGUGUGCUUGUCUAUGAGUGUGUGUGAGUGAGUGAGUGAGAGAGAGCGAGCUCUACAUCAAUUCUAGUCGAUAUCCAGCACACACAUUCAUGUCUGGGGGCCGGAGGGACCACAAAGGCUUGUGUAUAUUAUCUGUCAGUGUGUAAAAGAUGAACAAUUUCAAAUAAAAAAAGAGUCCUAAUUUGUUAA